UGUAAUAAUGAAUCCCUCCACUUCUGUUCCUCUUCCCCUAGAAAAUUCCGCAAACCCCUAGAGAAAAAGAGAGAGAGAGAGAGAGAGAGAGAAAAACACAGUUGAUGAGAUUUCUAGAAAGAGAAAAACAAAUCCUCUGAUCUCUCUUCUAUCUCAAUCGAUAUCGCAGCUUUGUUUUUUUUACCAUCGUUGCGAUACGAGAUCCCCGAAUGAAAACCUAACCUAAACGAUCUAUCUCAUCCAAUUUAAAAAGAAAAAUGAUAUCGAAUCCAAGUCUAUUGUCCUACACAUGCAUCGCGAAAGGAACCGUCGUCCUCGCGGAGUUCGCUUCAAAGGAGGAGCCAGGAAUCGAAGAGGUAGCCUCGCGAUGCAUCGAGAACACGCCUCCGCACCAUUCCAUCUUCUCCCACACAGUUCGCAAGAAGACGUACACGUUCGCGAUCGACUCCUCCUCCUCCUCCUCCUUCGUCUACUUCGCGAUUACAGACGAAACCAUGGAGAAACCGGAGUCUUUCCGGGUCCUGAACCGGUUGAGAUCAGCCGUCGAAGGUCUCCGAUCCGAUUCGGCCUUGAUCGAUCCUUCUCCGAGGUGUUUACAAGCGAAGAUGGAUCCGGUUUUCGCGGAGAUCGUCGGUGGUGGUGGUGAUGUGGAUUUGGAGCUGGACAUGGAUAUGGUGGCGGCGAGGGAGAGUCGGAAUCUGAGUAUUGAUUCGACGAAAGGGAGGAGAGCCGCGUUGAUUCCGCUUCUUGGGAAGCCGUUGAAGGCGUUGAAGAAGAAGAAUAAGAAGAGGACGGAGGAAGAUUCCGGCGACGACGACGUUGGUAUGGUGGUCGAUGAGGAGAAUAAGAAGAAGGUGGAUUUGUGCGGAAAUAAUAGGAACGGUGGAGUGUUGCGCAAGGAACUGAGGAACGGUUUGUUGACGGAUCAUCACAAGGCGAAACAGAUGUGGAAGAAACAUGUGUGGGUUGUGUUGAUGUUCGAUUUAUGCGUCUGUGCUGUUCUGUUCGGAAUCUGGCUUUGGGUUUGUCAAGGUUUUCAAUGCGUCAGUGGGUGAAUGUAAUCUCUCUCAAUCUCUCUCUGUGUACAUCUAUUUGUUUUCAAUCUGCAAUUCACUUUCAUUCUUUUGCCAUCUGGUUAUGAGUAUGAUCCUUUUUUUUUAAUUCUUGUUUAAUUUUUUAAGAUCACGGAAUGUGUUGUUUCCAGGAGGGUUGAAUCCUGGCUUUACAUGUUAGUGAUAUGUUCAUUGUACUGACAAGCAACAUGUGUUUGUUGUAUUCUAUGUCUCUUUUUCUCGUUU